AUCCGGCGCAGGGCACCAUUGCCCUUCGCCGAUUUCCGUGUUUUUAAUAUCCAUCGCCGUUUUUUUUUCUUUUCUCCGUGCGUUGCCUUCUCUCUUCUCGCCGAUUUUGAUCAUCUCUCACACUCAUCUUCCUCCCGACCUCCUCGCCCAGGGCUAUGGCACCCCGAAAGCGUCUCAAUGAUGACUCCUCUUCUAGCCAACCCGCACGUUUCACAAAGAAAGCCCAUGAGAGUUGGUAUGAGCUACGAAAAGAAAAGAACCUAGUCGUGGAGAAGAUUAUACACCCGGAUAUCGACCGUGUCUUCCGUCUUACCGAGGCUUUCCGCUCAGUGGGAUGGGAGAGAAUGCUCACUCUUUCAGGCGAAUACUUUCCGGACCUUGUUCGGGAGUUCUACGCCAACAUCCUCAACAAAGAAGAGAAAUCCAGAAUGGUGAAGAGCUCGGUCCGCGGCACCCCCAUCACUCUCACACUCGACUAUCUACGGGAAUUUCUAAACCUUAGAGAUCCGCGCGCACCAUUCACCUACACAAUCAAUCGCAACGGUUUCGUCGCCGAUGAUCACAACUAUGACAUUGAGGCGACGAAAACUAAAUUUGGAUGCAGUGACAUGCGUGUCCGUGAUUUGGGACUAAGAUGGAUCCGGGCCCGUUUGCUCAUCUACCUUUUUGGGUUCAACAUUGAACCUCGGGCGAGUGGUCUUAACGAAAUCCGCAUUAGCGAUCUUUACCCUGCCGACAAGAUGAUUUUUGGUCUCGGACGCCCAGAGCGCAUUGCACUUGCCCCACUCAUCCUACGAUGCAUUCAUGAUGUUGUCGCCUCCAAUCGCCCGGAUAAAAACUUCGUCUUCCCAGUGCUCCUAUCAUAGAUUUUCGUAAACCAUGGGGUUGACACUAGUGAUACCGAACGGAAAUUGACAAACCAAGGUGAUGUCUUGGACCAUCAAAAAAUGCAAACACUCCGG